AUGCGUGGGUUCCAUGAAAUUGAGCUACAAGUGCGAGACUACGAACUCGAUCAAUUUGGUGUCGUAAACAAUUCUGUUUAUUCAAGUUAUAUUCAACACGGACAUCAAGAAUUGCUGGAAGUGAUAGGAAUAAACCCAAAUGACGUUGCUAGUACAGUCCAGGCCCUAGCUUUGUCUGAGAUAACACUAAAAUUCCUCAAUCCACUAAGAAGUGGAGACAGGUUUGUUGUGAAAGUGAGAAUUUCGGAUUCAUCAGCAGCUCGAGUCUACUUUGAACACUCAAUAUUCAAGUUGCCAGAUAAUGAGCCAAUUCUUGAAGCGAAAGCGACUGCAAUUUUGCUUGGCAAGAACCAUCGCCCUAUCCGAAUACCAGCAUAUAUGAGGUCCAAAUUUAUCGGACAAGAGGAUCAAUCCAACUAAAGCUAAUUGUUGCAUGCAGAGG